AUGGUCGCCGCUCACGCCUCCCAUUCCUCAUCCUCCGGCGAGUGGAUCGCUUGCCUGGAUAAAAGACCUUUGGAACGUUCCAGUGAAGAUGUAGAUAUAAUAUUCACACGACUGAAAGAAGUGAAGGCUUUUGAGAAAUUUCAUCCAAACCUUCUCCAGCAGAUAUGUCUCUGUGGAUAUUAUGAAAAUCUGGAAAAAGGAAUCACAUUAUUCCGUCAGGGUGAUAUUGGGACAAACUGGUAUGCUGUUCUGACAGGAUCAUUGGAUGUGAAGGUUUCUGAUACAAGCAACCACCAGGAUGCUGUGACAAUAUGCACUCUGGGAAUAGGAACUGCUUUUGGAGAGUCCAUUUUGGAUAACACUCCUCGCCAUGCAACCAUCGUUACCAGAGAAUAUAGCGAGCUCCUUCGAAUUGAGCAGAAGGACUUUAAAGCACUUUGGGAGAAAUAUCGACAGUAUAUGUCUGGACUUCUCACUCCUCCUUAUGGUGUUAUGGAAACUGGCUCCAACAAUGACAGGAUGCCAGAUAAGGACAGUAUGUCAAGCAGUGCUCUUUGCCAAGUUUCUAAAAAUUGUAAUAAGACACCUCUUAUUGAACCUCACAUCCCACAUCGUCCUACUAAAACCAAUACACAGGUUCCUUCAGAAAAGAUCCUCAGAGCUGGAAAGAUUUUGCGGAAUACAAUUCUGUCCCGAGCCCCUCACAUGAUAAGAGAUCGUAAAUAUCAUCUGAAGACUUACAGGCAAUGCUGUGUGGGGACAGAACUAGUUGACUGGAUGAUGCAGCAAAGUCCUUGUGUCCAUUCACGAACCCAGGCUGUUGGCAUGUGGCAAGUAUUGCUGGAAGAAGGUGUUCUUAACCAUGUGGAUCAGGAACACCACUUUCAAGACAAAUACUUGUUUUAUCGAUUUUUGGAUGAUGAGUGUGAAGAUGCCCCUUUACCAACUGAGGAAGAGAAAAAGGAGUGUGAUGAGGAGCUACAGGACACUAUGCUUCUUCUGUCUCAGAUUGGGCCAGAUGCUCAUAUGAGGAUGAUUCUCAGAAAACCGCCUGGCCAGAGAACUGUAGAUGACUUAGAAUUUAUAUAUGAAGAACUUCUUCACAUUAAGGCCUUAUCUCAUCUUUCUACCACAGUAAAGCGAGAAUUAGCAGGUGUCCUCAUUUUUGAGUCACAUCCCAAAGCAGGAACAGUCUUAUUUAAUCAGGGAGAAGAAGGUACUUCUUGGUAUAUUAUCCUAAAGGGAUCAGUAAACGUAGUCAUUUACGGCAAGGGUGUGGUAUGUACUCUACAUGAAGGAGAUGAUUUUGGCAAGUUAGCGCUUGUGAAUGAUGCUCCCAGAGCAGCAUCCAUUGUUCUGCGUGAAGACAACUGCCACUUUUUGAGAGUAGACAAGGAGGACUUCAACAGGAUCCUUAGGGAUGUGGAAGCAAAUACAGUAAGACUCAAAGAACAUGACCAAGAUGUCUUGGUGUUGGAGAAGAUCCCAGCAGGAAACAGAGUUUCUAAUCAAGGAAAUUCACAGCCUCAGCACAAGUAUAUUGUGAUGUCAGGAACCCCAGAGAAAAUUUUAGAGCACUUCCUAGAAACUAUGCGCCUUGAAGCAACUUUAAAUGAAGCAACAGAUUCUGUCUUAAAUGAUUUUAUUAUGAUGCACUGUGUUUUUAUGCCAAAUAGUCAGCUCUGCCCAGCCUUGAUGGCACACUAUCAUGCCCAGCCUUCCCAGGGUACAGAGCAGGAGAAAAUGGAUUAUGCCCUCAACAAUAAAAGGCGAGUCAUUCGUCUGGUUCUGCAGUGGGCUGCUUUAUAUGGAGAUUUACUACAAGAAGAUGAAGCAGCAAUGGCCUUUUUGGAGGAAUUUUAUGUAUCUGUAUCAGAUGAUACUAGAAUGAUUGCAGCACUAAAGGAGCAACUUCCAGAGCUAGAGAAAAUUGUAAAGCAAGUUUCUGAAGAACCUAAAGCACCACAAAAGAAGCACAAAGUUCUUCUGCAGCUGUUCAACACAAGUGAUGACAGAACACAGAAACGCCAGCCUAUCAGGGGCAGUGACGAAGUUCUGUUUAAGGUGUACUGCAUAGACCAAACCUAUACCACUAUCCGGGUGCCAGUGUCUUCCUCUGUGAAGGAAGUGAUCAGCGCAGUAGCAGAUAAGCUGGGUUCUGGAGAAGGCCUCAUCAUAGUAAAGAUGAGCUCAGGAGGAGAAAAGGUUGUGCUCAAACCUCAUGAUGUUUCAGUGUUUACAACUCUCAGUGUUAAUGGACGGCUGUUUGCUUGCCCACGUGAUCAGUUCGAUUCAUUGGCACCAUUACCAGAACAAGAAGGACCAUCUACUGGUACAGUGGGAACAUUCGAACUGAUGAGCUCCAAAGACUUAGCACAUCAGAUGACAAUUUAUGACUGGGAGCUCUUCAACUGUGUGCAUGAGCUGGAAUUGAUCUAUCACACUUUUGGAAGGCACAAUUUUAAAAAGACCACAGCAAAUCUGGACUUGUUUUUAAGAAGAUUUAAUGAAAUUCAGUUCUGGGUGGUCACUGAGAUUUGUCUUUGUUCUCAACUCAGCAAGCGUGUUCAGCUGUUAAAGAAGUAUAUUAAGAUAGCAGCCCACUGUAAAGAAUACAAAAAUCUGAAUUCCUUUUUCGCUAUUAUUAUGGGACUUAGUAAUGUUGCUGUGAGCCGUCUCUCAUUAACAUGGGAGAAACUUCCAAGCAAGUUCAAGAAGAUCUAUGCAGAGUUUGAAAGCUUAAUGGAUCCAUCAAGAAACCAUAGGGCCUACAGACUAACUGUAGCUAAAUUGGACCCUCCAAUAAUUCCUUUCAUGCCACUACUUAUAAAAGACAUGACGUUUACUCAUGAGGGAAACAAGACAUUCACUGACAAUCUAGUAAACUUCGAAAAAAUGCGCAUGAUUGCCAACACUGUCAGGACGGUGAAAUUCUGUCGAAGCCAAUCUUUCAAUCCUGACGCAGCCCUAACUAAUAAGAACCAUCAGGAUGUUCGGAGCUAUGUGCGGCAAUUAAAUGUGAUUGACAACCAGAGAACUUUAUCACAGAUGUCUCACCGACUAGAACCGCGUCGAGCAUAAACAUUUGAAGCAAUGAUGAGAAAUGAUCUUUUAUCCUGUCAAGGUCACUUGUUAAGAACUUCACUUUCUCUGCUACCGCACUGCCACUACAAAAAUAAGCAAAAACAUAUUCUAAGGUCUUAGGCAACGCACAAUGUAUACCAGCCUGUCAGAGAACUUUGGCUGAGGAAGAAUUUAUGCACUGUAGUUGUACGGGUGGCCAUGUUGUGAGCUGUUAAUUCAUCUUAAAGUGUAAUAAAUGAUUUCUAAUAAAAAAGGAUAAAAAAGGAUAAAAAAAGGCAAAAGAUAGAAUAGUUAGUUAGUGAAAAAUACACAAAAGCUUCUAACAAUCCUAAGGAAGGCAGUGUUUUUCUCCCUAAUUAAAAAUCUGUAUUUUAAGAUUUAUUCAGGUCAGGACCAAAACUGAUCAUCAGUUUAGCUUGCCCAGCUACUGUUGACCUCAGUAGAAGAUGUAUGUGAGCAUCUGAUGAAAGAAUGUAGGUUCAGGAGACGUCCAAGGUAUAGUUCUAUUCAGAGAAGACUUACAAAUAUUUCCAUGUGAAAUACAACAGAUACUAAGAAAAAUUUCUAAUCUUAAUCAUACUGUCUACUACUGCAAGCAGUGUGGCCAUUUCAGAAAACUGACAGGACUGAAAAUAUUUUGAAUGAUAAAUAGAUUAAUCUGUGUUUACAUUUUACUUCUUUUUUUAAACUACCAAUCAGGUUUUUACAAAAUUCCAUUAUGGUAGUAACGUUGUCAACAUCAAUAGCAUAAAGGUAGCAAAGGACUGGAUCAAAAAGAGCACAAUAUGCACAAAUGGAUUUCAAAAGAAUAAUUUCCUGACAUUAAAACCUUAAACUUCAGCUAUAAUUAAUUGUGGCUGGUUAACACAUAUUUUCUGGUCUUAAGCAUUUACAAAUAUCUUAAUUUUCAGCCAAUUGUUUUGCACUUUCAAUAGACUGUAAAUAAAUGUUAAUUCAUUGUGUUCUAGGAUAUUUAUUUAUAUAAUAGCUAUUGUGCCAAAAUAAUUCAGUUCUAUUUAUUUUGUUUAGCAUGUUACGGGAGUGCAGCUUUUGUCUUUAUGUGCAUUUUAUGUGUAGGAAUUGUGUGAUGUACGUUUUCUGUAAAUAACAUGUAGUACCUUAUUAAAUGUAAUUGCCGGAAA